UACUACGAUAAAUGGAAAUUCUUGGAAGCCACGAUUCCUCAGCUCUUUUGAGAGAAAACUUGCAAAUUUGAAGCCAAUUUCCCGUCGAUCCAGUUUCUUUCGGUGCUAGUAUAUAUAGAUAAUCGAUCCUCCGAUCCAUUAACACCAAACCAGAGAGCAGUAGAGACAAUGGCAAAUCCAGCGGAUAGGGUGGCGCCGUGGGUGGAUCUUCCGCGGGAUUUAACGGCAAACAUUCUGCAAAGGCUGAAUGUAGAGGAUAUUUUCCAGAGCGCACAGGUGUGUAGUGCCUGGUGGAGGAUAUGUCAAGACCCCUCCAUGUGGCGCUAUGUGGACAUGUGGGAUGUAGUAGCUGAGCCGGGUAAACGACGGGACUGGCAUAAGAUUUGCAUAGAAGUAGUGAAUCGCAGCGAGGGGCAACUUAUUUCCAUCAAACUAGGCCACUUUGCUUCUCAUCGUCUGCUCCUCUACAUUGCGAUCAGAGAGCAAAACAGCUGAAAAUGUUGGAUUAUGGACUGACAAUGAACAGAGGAGAUAAAAGAUGAAAGGUGAAUGUUUAUUUCUAUUCAAUGAAGCUUACUACUGAAGAAGACGAAGAUGGAUAACAAUAUAUACAGAAUGAAGCUGGUAAAAUGGUUACAACUAAAAGGGAUAAAAGAUAAAAGACGCAUGUGCCCCUUUCACAAGUAUCUACACCUAUUGGCUGGCAGCACCAGUUUUAUUCUCCAACAGAAACAUCUUGCUAUUAGGUCCAGAUAACGGUUUUAGUAAAGCUGUUAAUGGGUUUCCACUGUUGGAGGAGCUACAACUUGAACACUGUUCCAUUUCUAAGAGAGGCAUUGUAGC